UGUAAUGCUGUUAAAGACUGUAUUACUACUCAAAAGCGUCGUAAAUAAGCUAUUUCACCUGCGUAUAACUUUUACUCUUUAUUUUGAAAGAGCAUUUCUGUUUUAUUUUGAAGUGUGGUUUGACAUCAUUUCCGGGCGGUUUUACUUCCUGAACGUGUGGGGGACUGUGAUGCUCGUCUGCGUAAAUUAAUUCAGUUUAACGGCAUUAUUUCAAAGUAAAAUGGAUAUUAUUAAAGCUGAGAUCGCGAGGAAGAGGAAACUCCUGGAAGAAAAAAAACUUGUUGAUGACUCCAAAAAGUGCUUCAAAAGGUCUGAUCUCGCACAGAAGGAGCGUGAAGAUUACUUGAUAAGAUCUGGCUAUAAGGUACAGCGAGAGCCUUCUCACUGCCAGAUCGAUAAGGAGGAGGAAGAUGAACCGUCCUCAUCAGCCAAUCCCGUGCUGGAACUGGAACUCACAGAAGAAAAGCUGCCAAUGACUCUAUCACGACAGGAGGCAAUUCGGCGGCUGAGAGAAAGAGGUGAACCCAUCCGACUGUUUGGAGAAUCAGACUACGAUGCCUUUCAGAGGCUGAGAAAAAUUGAGAUUUUAACCCCUGAAGUGAACAAGGGCUUGAGGAACGACCUGAAGGCUGCCAUGGACAAAAUCGACCAGCAGUAUCUGAAUGAAAUAGUCGGCGGAACAGAACCCGGGGAGGUUGACACCCAGCAUGAUCUGAAAGUGCACGAAGAAAACACGACCAUCGAGGAGCUCGAGGCGCUUGGCAAAAAUCUGGGCAGAGGAGACGACCACGGAGACAUGGAUGUCAUUGAUAAGUUUUUGAGGUUCCUUCUCGGAGUUUGGGCCAAAGAUCUGAACAGCAGGGAAGACCAUGUGAAACGCAGCGUCCAGGGAAAGCUGGCCAGCGCAACACACUCUCAGACCGAGUCUUACCUCAAACCUUUGUUCCGGAAGCUCAGGAAGAAGACAUUAUCAGCAGACAUCAAAGAGUCCAUCACCGAUAUCAUCAAGUUCAUGUUGGAGAGGGAAUAUGUGAAGGCCAAUGAUGCGUACCUGCAGAUGGCGAUCGGAAACGCUCCCUGGCCCAUCGGCGUGACCAUGGUCGGCAUUCACGCCCGUACAGGUCGAGAAAAGAUCUUCUCGAAACACGUGGCUCACGUUCUGAACGAUGAGACGCAGAGGAAGUACAUUCAGGGAUUGAAGAGACUCAUGACCAUCUGCCAGAAACACUUCACCACCGUCCCGUCCAAGUGUGUGGAAUACAACGCUCUGUGAUGCUCACCAUGACCGGCAACGUGUUACUAAAGGAGUGGAGGACAACUGCAACAUGACAGCAACAUUAGCUGCUCAAGUUUUUCAUGAUGAUGAGUCAGUGUUUUUGUAAGUUUUAUUACAUAACCAUGAUGUUCUCCUGUCAUUAAAAUUCUUUUUUUUAAUUCAUUUUCUUCUUUUCACUCCUCUGGAAUAAAUUAUUCAC